CCCGUUCACAAGAGUGGAAUUAGCAAGAAACCUGCCCAUUAUUGUCUCAUGCACUAUAUCUGGCCCCUCUACAUCAUGUCUAAUGUCAGCCUCAACGUAUUCCGCCAACCCCUCAAACUCUUCUCCACCCAGCCCAUGACAGGCUUCCAUCGCGACGGCUACUGCCGCACCAGCGCCCUGGACAGCGGGAACCACGCCGUGGCGGGCGUCGUGUCCGAGGACUUCCUCGACUACACGGCGCGCCAGGGCAACGACCUGCGGCCCGUGGGGCUCAGCGAGGGCUGCAAGUGGUGCCUGUGCACGGGGCGGUGGCUGCAGGCCCUCCGGGCAUUUGAGAGCGGCAGUAUCCCCCAGAGCGCGGUGCCCAAGGUCGACCUUGAGGCCACGGAGGAGAGCGCGCUGAGGAGUGUCGACUUGGAGACCCUGAGGGCGUUUGCUGUCGAGAGCCAGCGGGGACGGCAAGCUGGAGGGCAACAGACUAAUGGUGUGAACGGUGUAAAUGGUGUCAAUGGGCAUUAAUAUCAUUUUCUGUAACCAAAUUUGACAUAGGGG